GCGGGCCGGCCGUGCCGCCGAGUGAGGCGGGACCCCGCCGCCGCGGGCCGGAGCUGCGGGCAGCGGCGCUGGAGAGCCGGAAGUGCCAGCUUUAUAUGGCUCACAUCUGACAACAUGCACCACCAGUGGCUGCUGCUAGCUGCAUGCUUUUGGGUGAUAUUCAUGUUCAUGGUUGCUAGCAAGUUUAUCACAUUGACUUUUAAAGACCCUGAUGGCUAUGGUGCCAAGCAAGAGCCAUUGAUACUGACAGCUGUGACAAAAGUGGAGGAAGUACAUGUGCCAGAGGAAAAACAUUGGCCUGAAGAAUUCCAGCCAACUGGAAAAGCUUUUUCAGGAAAUCUGAUCCGCCAACCCCUGGUUCAUAUGGAAAGACUUGAGCUUCUCAGGAAUGUGUGCAGAGACACUGCAUUGAGAGAUCUCUCUCAUACCGCAGUUUCCAAAUUCGUCUUGGACCGAAUAUUUGUGUGUGACAAGCACAAGAUCCUGUUUUGUCAGACGCCAAAAGUGGGCAACACUCAGUGGAAAAAAGUCUUGAUCGUUUUAAAUGGAGCAUUUUCUUCCAUAGAAGAGAUCCCAGAAAACAUUGUACAUGAUCAUGAGAAGAAUGGCCUUCCACGCUUGUCCUCUUUCAGUGACUCUGAAAUUAAAAAACGACUGAAUUUAUACUUCAAGUUUUUUAUUGUUAGAGAUCCCUUUGAAAGACUUAUUUCUGCGUUUAAAGACAAGUUUGUGCACAAUCCUCGUUUUGAACCUUGGUACCGGCAUGAAAUUGCUCCCGGCAUCAUUCGUAAAUACAGAAAGAAUCGCACAGAGACCAAAGGGCUGCAGUUUGAGGACUUUGUGCGCUACCUGGGGGACCCUAAUCACCGAUGGCUGGAUGUUCAGUUUGGUGACCACAUCAUUCACUGGGUAACAUAUGUGGAACUUUGUGCUCCCUGUGAAAUCACGUACAGUGUGAUUGGACACCACGAAACCCUGGAGGACGAUGCUCCGUAUAUCUUGAAAGCAGCUGGCAUAGACCACUUGGUAUCGUACCCCACGAUCCCACCAGGCAUAACAGUGUACAACAGAACAAAAGUAGAGCGGUAUUUUUCAGGAAUUAGCAAGAGAGACAUAAGACGCCUCUAUGCACGAUUUGAGGGCGAUUUUAAACUCUUUGGUUAUCGUGAGCCUGAUUUCUUGCUUAACUGACACCUGGGAUAAGAUCUGAAAAAGUGUCUCAUGGAUUAAUCUAAACCUGUGUGAAUACCAGCUGCAACACUGGCAGAGCUGAGAAUGACCAUUUGUGUUCUAGCUUUUUGAUGCUGCUCCACUUUCCAGUGAAAUAUUUGUCAUAUGAAUCAGUAGGGGCUUAUAGUUGUUGUUUCCCGACCAUGUUUUCAGUACAUGACAUUGCAGUCUGUUAGGAAUUGUCUCAGUUAUCUAAAAUACAGAAUUUGACUUCUCCCCUCUUCCCUCCAAGAAAAAAGAGGGAGAACAAAUGGGCCAUGAUCUUCCUCUCCUUCCAGAGAGAAUGCAAUUUUUGAAAUGUUGUGAAGUAUUUAUAAAGAUGACAAUUUCACUGUAGGUAACCCUGACAUGUGGGUAAGCAUAAUGAUUCCUGCUCAUGAGAAAGUUGUGGUCUCCCAUGAGCUUUGUAAAUGAGAGGCCAGUACAAGACUAAAAAUUAAUUAAAUACUUGACAAAUAUAAUCAUCUAGGUUCUGUCCUGUGACUGUUACAAUAACACUGAUCUAAUCCCAUUCUUGUUUGUCAAAAAAAUGAACCUAAUUAGACAGAAGCUUUUAGAGAUAUAGAAAAUGAACUGGUUCCACACCCCAGUUGUCUCUGUAUUUUUGUCAAGUGUUUACUGUAUUUACUACUGAUGUAUUGAGCCUCAUAAUUCUACUUUUGAUUUUCAAGAGAUUAUUUAACUCCUGGCUAUGUAAGUUACGUGAGAACACCAGCUGCAAGUGGAGCAUAGAAAUAUGAAACUGCUAAGGAAACUGUUAAGGAAAAUUAAUUUAAAGUAUCAGUUGUAUUUGUGGGAGCACAUGUAAUAAUCACAAGAUGCUCUCACGCAAUUUAACUUGUCUUUUCUUCUAACAGUUAAGAUUAAUAAAGAAGUUACAAAAGCAAGAUGUCACAUUAAAGAGCUGCUUACUUGGAUUAACGAUCCACCUUUUUCUUAUAUCCAGCCUUGCUCAGUUCAGUACCUCAGAGAACAGAAAGUUUAUCCCCUUCUGAAAAUCAUCUCCUUACGGCUAAAGGAGAGAAGGAGACAAGAUGAAUCCCUGAUUUUUCCAGUGAUUCACUGCCACAGUGUCCCAAGUCAGAAAUAACUAAUAUUUAUGUUACUGAUGUGGUAAAUUGGCUAUUUGCCAGAAGUUUAAAUGUUACCUAAAUUUGUGUACCCGUUUUAUGCAUUAAAAACCAAAAACAAACAAAAAACCACAAAACCCCACAAAAAACCCCAAAAAACCACCACAACUGAAUUGAGUGGAUGCAGCCAUCAUAUUUGCUUGUGCUUGUAUUGUGUCUUAUAAAGAGCAGUCUCUUGUCUGAGUUCACCAGCAAUAAAAAUCAGUGUGCUGCCACUUCAUCCCGCAGGCCAUAGAAGCCACAUAGACCAAAUAUCUGAAAUACAGGAAUUGCUCUGUCGCAGUGAGCAUGUGAACUGUAUUUUUUAAAUCAUAGUCCCAAAAGAUUUAUUUUCAGGUCAGCAUAGUGUUGUGGGCUAGAAACGCUAAUGAUGGCCAGUGCUAUGGAAUCUGCUUUUAAAUCUAGCCACUGUAUGUUUUUGAUAGUUUUCUGUAUUAGUACAAGGAAGCAUCUUGUACUUGUGUAAAAGGAAAGCUGUGCCAAGCUGACAUGUGCUGCUACCCACAAAUAGGAAGCCCUGUUGUAGCUGGAAAUGAUUGCAGAACGAUCUCAACAGAUGAACUGAAAUAAAGGAGAAAUAUUAACUGGGCAUUGUUAGCAAGAGAAUAAUCCAGGGAGGCAAAGUUGAAAGGGAGGAUAUUUUUCAGGUUGGUUUGUUUUGGUUCUUUUUAACAACAGUUACAGUGCCCUAACUUGUUAGUUCUUAACCAAUGAUAAAAAGAUGUUAACAGCU